UAUUUUACUUCUUUAGAAAAGGUUGUAAUAAAAAUAAGUAAUUAAUAAUUUACAAAUGUCAGUUCACCUUCCCGUAAGCUUGACAAACGAUCAAACGACAAAAGUUGACGGAUUAUGUGCUAUUACUUCUCAAAGGCUAAUAAAAACUGCGGAAUCACCUGAUAUCGAUUAUGAAAUUAACAAUUAUAACGACGCCGCUAAAACAAAUGUAAAACAAAUAUAUAUUCCUCGUGAAAUAAAGGAGAUAAACAGAGACUUAAAAACAAAAACAAAACGAGAUAUAUUAACUAGACCCGAGUUCUUAUCAAAACAACACGAGCUGAAAUGUUCUGCCGCAAAGAAAAAAGAAGCAAAAGAUAUAGAAAACUCAAACGAACUUUUUCAAAAAUUGAAAACGAGAACGGAGAAAAUUGAACAAUUAACAAAUGAGAACACUUUGUCAACGAAUGAAAAGAACACUUCGUCAAAUAAUGAGUUGUUUAAAGCUACAAAACUAAGACGAUCGACAGUCGCUUCGUAAGCAAUAAUGGAAAGUCUAAUUUUUCCGACGCUUUGCAAAGAACUGUAUUGCGUCUAUGGAGCUUUAGCGGUUUUACAAACGAGAUAAUAUAGACUUUCAGAUUUACCAACAAAAUCAGCUUUUAUAUACAUACAUAUAUAUAUAUAUAUAUAUAUAU